UAUCAUUAGCUAUUGCCUCUCUUCACCUCGAAUGUCUAAACAUCCCGAAAAGCGAACAACGAACUCACCUUAUCCAACAGACCCCUCGUCCCCUCACAGAGCUUCUUCGCAUCCUCAAGCAGGCUCUCCUUCGUUGCUGUGAAUAGCGGUGGAGCCUGAGGCGGCGUCUUGUACUGCUUUGGCGCCAUGCUGGAGUUCGUGAUCGGUCUGAAAGCCUUGGCGUAUGUAGGGCGGAAGUGGUUGAAGAGUGAGGAGAGCCGGGGACCGAUGCGGGUGGAUGAGGACGCCAGAAUGAAGAGAAUGCAGGUGAAGAGGGCGAGGGCGAGGAAUGUUGUUCUUAGUCGAGACGAAGCCAGCGUUGCGAAGGGAGGCACGGACGUGCUUUAUGUCAUAAGAGAAGUGAAUGGAAGGGUGAAAGGGUGGAUGGGUGGGUGGAUGGGAAAGGUGCGUUUGGGAGGCGGUGGUGAGGAGGGAGUUGUUGGUUUAAGGGGGGGGCAGAGGCAUUUGCAGCUGCAGGAGGCUGAGGUCACCCGAGAGCGGCAGCUCAGGUACGAUGCACCAUUGGAGAAUAUUCCGAUAAUUGAGGCCCAAAGGCCCAAAGGUCCAAAGGUCUCGCAAGACCUUCCGCAUUAUCCUGAUCAAUUCACCGCUCUUCACCUUCGAAUCAGAUCAGUGGAAGGGUCCUCUCCAGGUUGCACAAGACCGCUGAUCCUGAACCCUGCAGAACAACAUCAACAUCAGCAUCAGCCUUGCGCAUCGCCGAUCGAGGUUUUUCUCGAAGCUGCAGCCUUCCACUCUUCAACAGCACUUCCAUCCUCUGCAGCCACUCCAUAAACCAACGCAGAGCUCGAAGAUGGCUUCCUCUCUCCCUCCAAAAAUCCACACCUACCACUGCGUCUGCACCUCCUUCCUCCUCGCCUCCACGCACUCUCUCUCCACGCUCCCCCGCCGCUCAACUUCGAACUCCCCCACCGCCGACGCCGCCAUAAUCCUCCCUCUCCCAUCUUCGCCCCCAACCCUGUCCUCCGAAGAUGCAGACCUACCACAAGAAGGCUACAGCCUGUUAUUAGGCAUGGCGCAAGACAAAAAAGUCACAAUCGUUCGUAGGGAAGAUGGGUUCGAGAAGCGGAUUUGUUGGAGGUGUGAGAGGUGUGGGGUGAUUGUUGGGUACGAGUUGCAGACACAGAUACAGGGAGGGGAGGCUAUGGAUUUGGAUGGUGGGGAGAAGGGUAAGGAGAAAGAGGAGGGGUAUCAGGGGAAAGUGGUUUAUUUGCUGCCGGGUGGGGU